GGUUUCUGCGGGAUCUUCCUCCCCUGCCUCCUGGCUUGCAAGGUGGGCGUGGAGUACGGCGAGUGCUGCUGCGUCCCGUUCCUCCCGGGGGCGCUGGUGGCCAUGCGGACGGGCCUGCGGGAACAACUGCGCAUCAAGGGCUGCGUCUGCUGCGACUGGGUUGCCUUCUGCUGCUGCUGCCCCUGCGCCCUUUGCCAGAUGGCCCGGGAGCUGAAGAGCCCCUGCUAGCCCGCUUUCACACACACCCACCCCUCCAGUUACCUGGCAGUCGCCCACACCCCAGGAGAGAGAUGCUGUGGAAUGAACCUGGCCUGGCUGGGUAUUCUUGCUGCAAAGGGACCUGGGAACUGCAGCCCGGCAGGACGCCGAAGGGACGGUUUCACUUUGGACUGGCGCAGCUUCUCUCUUUCCCCGCACUUUUUAGUUGUUACUUCACUGAUGAGCAAAGUGCAAACCUCCGUUUGAAGCCGGCGAGGAAGGGUUGCAACGGCAGCCUCUCCCCGGUAAUAGCUACAUUUGGAGGCAGAUAAAAGGAGAGGGAGAAAAAUGAGCCGUCCACCUCCGAUUCAAUGGCAGGACUCCCGCUGCCACCUCCGAGGGGCGGGGUGACGGAGCCGCUUCCAAAAAGGCAAGUCGCCCGGUGCCAGGACAGCAACCGCCUCGGGGAGUGGGAAGGUGAGAAACAAUUUGCCAGAUGCCGAGAAAAAAAGGGACGGACUGGUUUGUCUUGGCGGAAUCCAGCGCUGGAGCCUUUCCUGGGCUGAACCACUUGAGGCUACGGGUGUGUGAAUGCUUACAGAAACAAAAACAACCCCCCCCCCAAAAAAA